ACCAUAUUUUUUGAUCUGCAUUGUUGCGCUACGUUAUUAGGGAUUUGUUGUCAAUUGAGCUAGAUCUAUAAUCUGUUGGAUCGGUUACAUAAUGUGGAGUACAAAUAUAGCAUAAAUCUUCAUCUCGGACUUAAAAAGUGUGAUGCGGUCUAAACGAAACGAUAUCAGGAUUUCCCGUAAAUUUGUACCGAAUCCUGGAUCAUUAAAGACGACAAAAAGGGACAGACAUAUCCGGUCCAUAAGGUACUAAUAAUACAUAACUAUAUCAAGUUUCAGCAGUGCAAAGUCAAAGUCGAAGAACGAUGACAAUGAUCAGGACCUAACCACGUGAGUAUUACUUUUGUCUCAUAGUCGUUUCAGGACACCUAGCGACAAGGUUCCCGUUGUUAAAGAUAACCGUAAUUCUGAAAGAAAGCCAAAGAACUCCGCUGCUUCUAAUCUGGGAUCCAGUCUGAAGUCAAGAGUCAUGUCAGAUCCAAAGCGAAAGCCCACUGAUAUAAGUGACGGCCGUCUAGCAUUGUCCGAACAGAAGCGUAAACGCUCAGGGGCUGAAAACUACAUCAACAAAAGGUUUUUGUAUGAUGUCGUAGAACCUCCUAAGCGUAACCGCCAGAAAAAGUUCCUACACUUCACAGACCGGUCAACAGCUGCUCUCAUGGCUGUUUCCUCUGCUAACCUUCUUAAGAAACACAAGUCAAAACUUAGUGUUUCUUCACAAAUCCCUGGCGAUCAUGAUUUAUUUCCUCGUGUUAAAAGUCGACAUGGUCGACGCCUCAAGCCAAAACAUGAGUACAGUCCUUCUCAGUCAGCUGAUGAACAUCAUUCUUUUGAUCAACCCCUCUCCACUGACAGUAGUUGGAAACCCAUCAGAAAAAACAAAGUUUUAUCACAGGCAACAAAAUCGCGAUCUGAACACAAAUCAGAUACGAUCAACUAUCUCAAACAUGACAAAUACAAUAAAGAGUACUAUUCGUCCGAUGAAGAUCGGGAAGGUAAUGGACUUGAAGGAAUUCUUUCAUCUAAGACCUAUUAUCCCGAUGCAUCGUGUAUAUCAACUUACUCUGACAUGUUCAGUGAACUUCAGAAACCAGAACAGCUUAUUCACGGUCAGAACCCGGAUACUGUGGAAAAUCAUGGAAGAUUGGAAUCAUCUAGAUUAAAGAAUCGUUCUAACCUUAGACGUGUACUCAGUCCAAGCUGUAACCAAAAAGAACCUACCAAUACAUUUUUACGGCAAACUAUAUUUCGUUCUGAUGAGAUUUCUCCUCCUAUUGAUCGACACACCACUAAUAUUCUUGAUUUUUGCAUUAGUUCGAAUGUUGAUCAAUUCGCACAUUUAAGAACCAAUUUAGAUAAAACAGCUAUACAUGAAGAUGAUCUGGAGUCUGCAGAACCACAUGGACUCGUUAAUAGACGAGUUCAACAGUCUCAAGAGGAACUGGAGGAAGAUUUACUUGCUCCAGAACUUUCCAUCAUUACGGGCUCAAACACUGCUGCCAGUUCUGAUGGCGUAUUAGUCUCUACAUUGACAGAUACUGGAGCAAUGUUAUCCUGCAAUUCAUCUUCAGGUAGCAGUCGACGAAAAUCUCCUGUUAGACCAAUGCAAGUGCUGAGAACAAAAACCACUCAUACCUCUACAACCGCAGCACCUAGUAAUGCAUCACCGACUAUGUUAGUCACAUGUUCUGAUAAUAACCCAUUUGUCUUCACAUCACCAUCGGUGGUUACAAAUACUGUAUAUACCAGGUCGUUAUCAGACUUAGAUCUUGGCCAUGAUGGAGAUGUGUUAACAUCUGGAAUGUGCUCUGUUUUGUCUGGUAACAAUUCACAAUCGCUUGGCGACUCUAAUCAACCCUUAGAAAACAGUUAUGUUGUGAACAAUUCGGAAUUAGAAAUUCACUCAAUCAGCGAUCAUUCACAUCAAAUUUUGUCUUCUGGAUCACCUCUAACAUUGACAUCCAUUAGUUCUGUUAAUCAAGUUCCAGUUUGUAUUGAUAGUCCGAAUGCAUCAAAGGGAAAUACAACAGUUUCGUCAGGCUUACUGCCAUCACUUCUUACUCAGUCUACUACACGCCCAGUUCCGGUCGUUCAACAACCCAUCAUCUCUCGUGUUUUUAUGGCGCCAAAUACAACACGUUCAGUCACAACUCCUGUACCGAAGCCUGUCAUGUCAGUUCCUCAUUCUACUCUUGGUUCAGUUUCUUCUCGACGACGUCCUACUAUUUUAAAGCGAACACUAGGAACUGUCAACUCGACAACUUCCAAUUCACUGGUCGCUUCACGACCAACAGUUUUCGAAACGUCCGAUAAUGAUGUUGAUCUGUCAACAUCCUCUAGUCGUACUAUUAAUGUAUUUAAUCCUGGCAGUACUGGACAGUUACAAAAACCUAUCAAUUCCAUAACUACGGAAGAGUCUGGAUCUUCUGGGAAUCUGACCAACACAUCUACUAAGUUAUUACAACUAGUUACUACUACAACAACAUCAACUCCUUCAGAUCGUUUAAAUCCUAAUCAAACUGCUAGUGAUCGUUUAUUUGGUAAGCGUCUUAUUGCUUACAAUAGAAACGCAUCACAUACUCCUAAUAAUACAGUGUCAAAUACCACUCAGAAUUCAGGGACAACUCAUCACCAGAGUCCAGCGCCAACAAAUACAACAAUUAAUACUGCAACUCCUUAUCGAUAUGCUGUUGUUCGAGGUUCCGCAGACGGAAAACAAUAUGUUUUAAUCAGCAACCCUCGUAUGGUUGAUCAGACAGUUCAUGAACAACCAGUUGCAACAUUGACUACAGCUGUAAAUGAUGCACCCUUAGAACCCAUCUACGUUUCAACACCUACAGUUAGUGAGAAUUUCAAUUCUGAACAACUUUUUUCUGUCGAUUCCUGUGUAUCAAGAGCUUUCAAAGUUGAAAUCAACGGUGCCCAUUUAAUUCGAAUGAAUCCUGAAGGGCAUUCGAUAUCGGGAAAUGAUCGGCAAAUCAGAACAAUUUACACUACCCCACAAGGUGCUACAACUUUGGCAGCUACAUAAAUCACAAACUAAGUGUUAUUUUGUUUCAUUUCAUUACCAUUAAUAAUUUUACUGUCAAAAUUGUUUUCAGUCUCUGUUAUAUCAGUUCUUUUAACUUCAUUUCUAAAUUUUCCACAACAGCAUCCCCUGAGUAAAGAAAUCCACCUUAUAUAAAUCUCGUUUACAUCCUAGUCCGGUAUUUAUACCUCUACCCUUCUAAUGCCUUCGCUUUCGGUUCAAUUCCGGCUAUAUUCAUUCAUCAUUUAUAAAAAAAUAAAUGAACUCAUAUUUUUUUGUUCACAAAAUCACUCAUUUGUCUUUUUCAAAGUUGGAUUUUUACAAAGACAUGUCAAUUUCCUUGAAUAUACAUGCAAUCUUGUAAAACUUAACUUAGUGUCUUUUUUUUAAAUCACUUUCAUUGCGCCUUCAUCUUUUUGUCCUUUAGUGUUUGUGUAUGUGUUUUCGAGCUUAUUUUCUACACUGAGAAGUUUCUAAUUUCACAGGAUCUUCUAUCUUAAUCAUACUAUUCAAGUGGAUGAAAUGAAAUAUUGUACUUUACCAUAUGUAAACACCUUAAAAGCGUUGUAAUUCUAAUAUUAUUGAUGUGAAUUGCUAUUAUCAAUAUCGGUAUGUGAUAUAAAUCUAAUAUACGUAAAGCAAUUUUCCAAACUUGU